GAACAUGUGCAGAGCUGCUCUUAGAGUGUAGCUGCGCAGCUGGCAUGUGAAGUGGGCUCCAUUUUCACGCCUGGUCGGCUGGACCACCAGUUUUCGCCAUGGAUCAAGCUCGAGCAAUGCUCGAUGCGCUUAUGGGUCCUCAAAGAGAUGUGGCCAAGAAGUCGAAGAAGGACCCGGCAGAAGACUGGAGGGAUGACUCUGUGUGUAAGAGCUUCCUGGCAGGCUUUUGCCCCUUUGAUCAGGAUGUGCUGGGCGGGACGCGAAAUAUCAAGGCUUGCCCCAAGAUCCAUUCAACUGUGAUCCGAGAAUGCUUCGACAAGCACCUAGAGGGUGCCCAAGACAGCAAUCUCCGCUACAGCUUUGAGGCUCAGGCCUUGAAGGACUGCGAGGAUGUGCUGCUUCGGGCAGAGGAGCACAGUGCCAAGGAGGUCGAGCGCCUUCGCAGCGAGCUGCGGUCUACGAAGCCCAAGCUGCCGCCAGAGAUCCUGGCGAAGCUGGAGGAGUUGCGGGCUGAGGCUGCGGACAUCGAACGGCGUGCAGCGCUCCUCAUGAAGGAUGCUAAACAGGGUGGCGGUUACAAGAACCUCUCGCUCACAUGGUCCAGAGCUGCGAAGGAGAAGCUGGAGGAAGCUGAAGAGCUUGAGAGGGCCGAGCAAAAGAGAAUCGCCGACAGCAUCGAACCCAAAUCCUGCGACAUAUGUGGCACGGUCUUUCUGGAUGAUGCAAAAUUCCAGGCACAUUUCCACUUUGACGUGCACGAAGGUUACAAGCAAGUGCGUGACCGGCAUGCUCAACUGGAAGCUCGCCAGAAGCAACGAAGUACACAGACCAAGGAGCGGAGCAAGGAGCCCAGCCGUAGUCGGCAGGAUGGAAGAGAAAGAUAUGUGGCUGAAGAAAGGGAAAGAAGGAGCUACUCUACUGACAAGCCGAGAAGGAAUCUGGAGAGGAGAGAUAGUCGGGAUACAGGGGACCGUGGAAGCAGAACUGUCCGGGAGCCUCGCCUUCGCAGCAGAGGCGUGGGAGGAGUCGUGGGCAAACUGCGAAGAGCAAAAGAGGAGCACGAUCUUGGAUGGCAGCAAUCGGCAGCAAACAAGUGACCCAAUGACGCUCAUGAUCUUGCAACAAGUUGCCAGAAUGUUUCCAGCCAUGGUGGAGUUAUGCAUCAAAUAACUGAAGUUGGCAGGUCGUCGUGACUAUGACCGUGACGAGGACCGUGGCCGCGAUCGGCAGAUGUCCCGUGGCAGAUAUGUCUCCCGCAGUCGCGUCUCUGCGAACCGAGACUCUCGCAGCCCGCGCCGCUACUCAGGC